CGCUCGCGGCCCGGCCCGGCUCGUAAAGAACCGGCAGCGGUUCGGGGCCACCCAGCAGCCACGUCCAAGGCGUUCUCCUCCUCCCCGUCUCGCUCGCCGUCGGCGGUCCGCCGAUCUCACUCUCUCUCCGUGCCUCUCGCCCGCCACCCAAGCAAGCAAGCAAGCAGCCAUGGCGGCCGCGCUGCUCCGCCGCGCGCUCCACCUCCGCCGCGUGCUCCCCUCGCCCGCCGUCACCGCCGCCUCCGCACAGCGCCUCGCCCCCACCUUCUCGACCACCACCCCGACCCCGACGACCUCCCAGCAGAGCGCCGCCACCACCACGGUCGACCUCUCCUCCGACGAGAGCCGCCGCCGCCUCCUCAACAGGUUGGUGUACCGGAGCAAGCAGCGGGGGUUCCUGGAGCUGGACCUGGUGCUGGGGACCUGGGUCGAGCAGCACGUGCACGGCAUGGACGAGGCCAACAUCCGCGCUCUCCUGCAAGUGCUCGACCUCGAAAACCCAGAUUUGUGGAAAUGGUUGACUAGUCAGGAGCAGCCACCAGAGGAUCUGAAUUCUAAUCCUGUGUUUGCUGCCAUCAAAUCAAAGGUUACAGAUAACCUGACAAAGCAUGCUUCUCCCGAGACCCGAUCAACACCAGGUCAACCAUGGGUUAGAGGAUGGGACGACAUAAAGAAAGGCAAAGAUGGACCCAAGUAUGGAAAUCAGUGAUAAGCUGCUUGAAAUGGGGAUGACAGCUUUACAUCCUAAAUAAUAGCUGUCCGUUUCCCCCAUCUGCUUGUUUUGUGCUUGUGUAGAAUAAAGUGAAAUGUGAUCAGCAUGUGUGAAGUUUGUUAAAAUAUAUUGGUGAAUCAGAAUCAGCUUGUAACUAUGGAUGGCACUUUUGAUGUGUCCCUAGCAGUUCCAGGUAUCGUCUACUACUGGAAAGAUGUUAUGCAUUGCAGCCUGUUAAUGAUGGCAAUCAUUGAAGCAUUUGGACUGAAACUUAAAUAUUGAAAAUGUGGACAAAAAA